AUGGAGUCACGAAGCAUUCGGAAUCCGUAUCAUGGAAUCGACGAUUUGCAAUCGGAUUUUGGGGAUUCAGAAGAGCCUGUUUCCCAGACAAAAAGCAAGCGAAAAGGAGAUUUUCUGGAUAAAGUACAACCCGGAGAUUUUGUAAAACGAAAAAGAGCCGAUGGUCGCGCGGAUUUCGAAGAAGAACAUGGAAAGAUGCAUAGAAGAAUGGCGAAAAUGAUGUCAAUGAACGCAUAUGAUAGACAUAAAGAGAUGAUUAAUCUUUAUUAUCUCUCGUAUCCCGGCGCCACACAAUUAUUGAAUCGAAAAGUCCAAGAAGAAAAAACAGAUUUGGAUGUUUUAAAAGAACAUCACAAGUUUGUAUGGGAUGAAGAAGAUAAUAGUGGUGCACCGGUUAGUUGGGAGAAGAGAAUGGCAAAGAAAUAUUAUGAAAAACUAUUCAAAGAAUACUGCAUUGUCGACUUAUCGCUCUACAAAAAUAACAAAAUCGGAAUGAGAUGGCGGACUGAAAACGAGGUGAAAGAAGGGAAAGGACAACUGAUUUGUGGAGCAAGAAAGUGUCAAGAGACUGCGGGUUUGGCUAGUUGGGAGGUAAACUUCGCCUACAAAGAGGACGGCAGGUCGAAAAGCACUCUAGUCAAGGCGAGAUUAUGUUCGAAGUGCUCGGAUAAACUCAACUACGGAACACAAAAACGACAAGUGAAACAGAAGAAACGGGCGGUGCGAAGAUGGGAAAAAGAACGGAAGCGGGGGAAAAGGGGUUCCGAUGACAAUGAAGAAUAUGACGAUGAUGAGGGAGUGAAAACGGUGAAAAAUGAAGAAAAAGACCAACCCUCUACAUCAACUUCUUCCACCCUCUCCGCAUCAGCCGAUAUCUGGGAAGGACCGGCGCCAGCGGAAACCGAAAAAACAGUUGACGAUGAAAUCGACGAAUUCCUGGAUGAUCUCUUUUUAUAA